CCUCUUUAAAAGGCUGUGUGUGUUUUGUGGGGUUUCAUUUCUGCUGAGGUCAUGAUGGAGGGAGUCACAGUACGAGUCGGCCUUCUUGGACUGCUGCUGGCCUGCGUUACCACAGCAAUGGCCAAUAAGAACAGGGACUGGGACAUCUACAGCUUUCACAUCAACUCCACAGUGACCAGUCGCUAUGCGACCACUAUUAUCACCAGUCGUGUGGCCAAUCGGAUGGACCAGUCACAGGAAAUAGAAUUCCAUGUCAAAAUUCCCAAGAUGGCCUUCAUCAGUAAAUUCAAAAUGACCAUUGAGGGGCAGACGUAUGAUGGGGUUGUGAAACAGAAGGAGGAGGCUCAGCAGCAAUACACUCAGGCAGUGUCUCGUGGCCAAAGCGCUGGCAUAGUCAGUUCUGUGGGGAGGACCCUUGAGGAGUUUAAGACGUCUGUGACUGUGGCCGCGCUCAGUAAGGUGACCUUUGAACUGACGUAUGAGGAGCUGCUGAAACGCCGACUGGGCAAGUACGAACUGCUGAUCCACGCUCGACCCAUGCAGCCUGUCGCUGACUUCAAGAUUGACGUAUACAUCAAUGAGCGACCAGGCGUUAACUUCCUGGAGAUUAAAGGAGGGCUGAGCACCAAAGAGCUGGCUAAUGCCAUCACCAAAACACACGCUUCUAGUGAGGCCUGGGUACAUUUCUACCCAAGCAAGGAGCAGCAGAGUCAGUGUGACAGCUGUGGAGAACAGGGCCUGAACGGAGACCUGGUCAUUGUUUAUGACGUCCACAGGAACACAUCCAUGGGAGAGCUCAAGGAGUCAAAAGGGUAUUUUGUCCAUCACUUUGCUCCUAGUGACCUACCACGCAUACCAAAGAAUGUAGUGUUCAUCAUCGAUCGGAGUGGCUCCAUGCAUGGCAGGAAAAUGAAGCAGACCCGGCAGGCCUUGUUGAAGAUCCUGGUAGACCUGGUGGAGGACGACCACUUUGGCCUGAUCACCUUCGACUACACUGUGUCUGCCUGGAAGAACGAGCUGCUGCCGGCCAACCAGGAAAACCUGGAGGCUGCCAAGAGCUUUGCACGACACAUUCAAGACAGAGGAGCCACCGACAUCAAUGCUGCUGUGUUGGAGGGCACAGCCAUGCUAAACCGAAACCCACGAGAGGGCUCAGCCUCCCUCCUUAUACUACUCACUGAUGGAGACCCAACCACAGGUGAGACCAACCUGGAAAAGAUCCACAAGAAUGUAAAGGAAGCCAUUGGUAAGAAAUUCCCACUCUACUGUCUCGGUUUUGGAAUGGAUGUCAACUUUGAGUUCCUGGAAAAGAUGGCACUGGAGAACAGCGGUGUGGGACGCAGAAUAUAUGAGGAUUCUGAUGCUGCUCUGCAGCUGCAGGGCUUUUAUGAAGAGGUGGCCACACCCCUAUUGACGGACGUGCAGAUGGUGUAUGUGGGUGGAGCUAACCUGACCCAGACCAACUUCAGCCAGUACUACAACGGCUCUGAGAUCGUGGUGUCUGGCCAGAUCACCGACAACAACAUAGAGACAUUCACUGCAGAGGUCAUAGCCAUAUCGAAAAGCAAUAGGGUGAUGUACUCUGAGACAAUAUCAACGGACGAGCCCAUUGAAGCCAGGCCUGAUAGCCACAUCCAGAGGCUGUGGGCCUACCUCACUGUGAAGCAGCUACUGGACAAAGAGGUGCAGUCAAGCGGGAAGGUGAAGGAGAAGGUGAAGAAAGAGGCCCUGGAUCUUUGUCUGAAGUACGGCUUUGUGACUCCUCUCACCUCCAUGGUGGUCACCAAGCCCCAGGGAGAAGCCUCACAGGUGGCCCACAAGCCCAAGGAGGGAGAGAAGCCUUCAGGAUCCAGGCAAGACUUCUCUGGGUCGGGUUUCCAGUUCAUGAGUGGAGAAGCCGGAUACCCCGUAGGAGGAGGUGGUGGAGUAGGAGGAGCAGGUGGUGGAGUAGGAGGAGCAGGGGGAGGAGCAGGAGGAGCAGGACAAAGAAUAGGCUUGCUGUUUGAUGCUGUGGAGGAUUCAUAUUCUGCCUAUAUAAUGGAGGAACAUCAACCAACUCACUCAACUAAAACUGCAACUAGAGCUACACCUACAACUGUGAGUUCUCCCCUGAGGUUGCUGUUGCCAGCUGAGGAUCAGGCCCUACCACUGUGCUAUGACAUCCCUGUGGCUCUCUCGCUCAGACUCCUAAAGGACCCCAACAAUGAGUUGUCUAUGAACGGUCAGCUUGGACAAUCAGCCAGCGCAGGCUACCAGAAGAUUGUGAUCCACUACAAAAACAAUCAACAUAUUGAGUUAGACACCACAGUCAUCACCUUCAACAAUGGACAGGAUGCAACAUAUUUCUCCUGGAGUCUGAAAAUCAAUCACAAAACAGACAGUGUGUCUCUGAUCCUACGGGACAAGGAGGUGGACAUCACCAUAGGGUUGACACGGAUCAUCAUCAUGCUCUAUGAGAGGAAUGGAAUUAGUUUCCUGUGGCCCGUGCUGAGGCAGCGCCCAACGGGAGGCAAUAUUAUGGGGAUCGUGGCCCGUCCACCUGUUGCCUAUGAGGAGGUCCAGGGAACAACAAUGAAACUGAAGAUUCAGGACAAAGAAGUAGAAGUCUCCAGGGACUCUGCUGUGGAUCUCAGUGUUCGCUCUGCCCCCACCGUGGCAUGCUGGUUGCUGCCUCUUCAGUCUGCCCUACAGGGGGAGCUAGCUGACUUUACCGUCACACAACUCUAACUGACCAUGUAAUUGCUCCCAUCACCAACUAAUCAACACUAUACAUACAGUAAUUCUGUUCUAGAAUUAAGAAGAUAAACAAUAAAGCCGGAGGUUUCUUUAUAGAGUCCAAUGAGUUCACAUAAUAACACAAUAUUCAUUGUUGAAUAAAUGGAUCCUUUUUUGAACAAUGACAACUUUUGUGUUGCAUUCCACACUCUUCAAUAAAUAAUGUUUUUAUGA